UUUCUUCUGGUUGUCAAGAUGGGUAUUGACAUCAAUCAUAAACACGACAGGAAAGUUCGGCGCACCGAAGUUAAAUCUCAAGAUAUUUACUUGAGGUUACUUGUAAAGCUUUACAGAUACUUGGCCAGACGUACAAAUGCCAAAUUCAAUCAGAUCGUUCUACGCCGGCUCUUUAUGAGCCGUAUCAACCGGCCACCAAUCUCUGUGUCUCGUUUGGCGCGCCACAUGAAGAAGCCAACUCGUGAGGGUUUGAUUGCCGUGGUAGUGGGGACAGUCACAAAUGACGUGAGACUGUACAAGAUACCGAAGAUGACGGUGGCUGCUCUUCAUGUUACCGAAAAAGCUCGUGCACGCAUUUUGGCUGCUGGAGGAGAAAUUCUUACUUUUGAUCAGCUGGCUCUUCGUGCUCCGACUGGCAAGAAGACAGUACUGGUACAAGGUCAGCGAAAUGCUCGUGAGGCAGUGCGUCACUUUGGCCCUGCUCCAGGAGCACCGCGCUCUCACACUAAACCCUAUGUUCGCACCAAGGGACAUGAAAAAGCAAGGCCCAGUCGUCGUGCUAAUGUCUAAUUUUUAAUAUAAGGACUACACACCCUAA